AUUUGAUCAAACUCAUACUGUCAGGGCAAUUUUCGAAGAGAAACUCGCAUGCAUGCAAGUUUUCUGGGGGGACUAUCCCAAAGAGAUGGUGGAUGAAGCACAUAAAAAUGGAGUCCAGAUCUUGCACCAGGUUGGUUCAAUUGCGGAUGCAGAAAAAGCAAUUGCUGCAGGUGUUGAUUGUAUCAUCGCACAGGGGGUAGAAGCCGGAGGACAUGUCAUCGGAAAUGUCAGUUGGCAUGCUUUGGUUCCAAGAAUCGUCGAUUUAAUCGGUGACAAGAAUAUAACAGUUGUUGCUGCUGGAGCUAUUGCAGACCCCCGUGGUUUUGUGGGUGCCAUAUCACUUGGA